UCACCUGUGAAGAUCGAGAUCUAAGUUCUGUGUAUCUUAAUUUGACUGUGAUUUACCUGUAGUUUCACUUUUACAUCCAGAUGGGGUCUCAUCAUUACAGUGAUUCACGUUUUAAUGGAAACAAUCCAUCAAGACUGCCAAAGGGGAGUAGUACAGCACUGGCUGCUGUGGCAAUUCAAGACCACUUGAUGCAGAAUCUCUCUCUUGUGGACCCUUUUAAAAGGCCUCUUCAAAAGUUCCCACCAGCAAAGAAACCGUCAAAAGCGGCCAAGGCGGUUGUAGACACUGGGAGGGGUAAAAAGGUUAAUAGAAAUUCCAAGAAAACUGCGGAAGAGAAGGAAUAUGUCUUGGACCCGAAGCCUAAACCGCUUACUCUUGCCCAGAAGAUGGGGAUAGUUGAUGCACCAGAGCAACCGUUGUCAGAGGAUCAGUGGGCUAAGGUCAAAGACCAGUCUAAUCAAAGAGAUGAUUCUAUCCAACCGUGUGCUAUCUGUAAGGAAGACUUUGGUCUUCAUCAGCAGGUGUUGCUGUCAUGUUCACAUGUAUUCCAUCGGAAUUGUCUUCAAGCUUUUGAGAGAUUCACUGGUCGUAAGACGUGUCCCAUGUGUCGAAAGCAACAGUACCAAACCAGGGUCAUACACGAAGGUGCUACUUAUCAUCGUCAUCAGUGUGCCACGAGGAUACAAGCCUGCUGGAGAGGGUAUGUAGUCCAUUCUUGGUACAAAAAGUUGAGAGAAACUGUUCCACCCAAGGAUCCGAAGUUGAGACAGAAAUUUUAUGAAGCAAAGCUGCAGGCCAUCACCGAUCGGUUAGUCAGAUCGUAUGACACGAGGGUGGAGGAGUUUCUUUCACAGAUCGACCGGUCAGUGGCCGACAGUCGAAGCGUGUUCCAUAGCCUGGAUACCUCCACGCUGCUGAGGGCUAUCACGGAAGAUGAGUGGGAAGCGAUACAAUACAAGGCCGUCGAGAGAGGUGAGAAAGAUUGUCCCAUCUGCAUUAUGUCCCUUGGAAACAUAUCAGAGGGAAAUGUUGAUGUGGACUCACCAAGAAAGGGGAAGAGAACCACUGUCCUUCUCUCCUGCACCCAUGUCUUUCAUCUCUGUUGCUUAGAAGCCUUUGAAGAACUGUCCUUAGGAGAGCAUAAGAUCUGUCCUGUAUGCCGUGCUGGUUAUCAGAAAAGGAUUCAAGACAUAUGAGGUCUGUCAGUCCAUCCAUCCAUCCAUCCAUUCCUCCGUCCAUCCACCCAUCCGUCUGUCCAGCCAUCCAUCUAUUAAUCCAUCCAUUCAUCCAUCCAUCUAUCUAUGCAGUCAAAGAAAUUGAAAUAGGCCUUGAAAUAGGCUCCUCAAUUCAUUAAUGAGCCUGACUGAAACGAUAUGUGGAAGUCUUGAGAUGUGAUUUUGGGUGAUUUCUUUCAUGUAUGUUGACAAACAUGAGAGACCUCAAAUCAUUGGGCAGGUAAAAUAUUAUGUGUAUCUAGAGAGGUGCAAGGUUACAGCUUGACGCAAAACUUGGAAUUAUGAUAGCAUUUGUAGUGGCUUGAGUUAUAAAUAAUGUUUGCCACAUACAAACUGCAGUCCCUGGACGGCCUUGAAUAUACCACCAAAAUUAAUGUUCAUGAUGGCUAUUCAGGUGCAAGUCACGCAUACUGAUUUACCUGGAGGGGCCUUGCCUCACAUAGCUACUUUGCGUAUAUAGGGAAACUAACCGCCCUUUCACACGGUAACAAGAUCGUAAUUUGAAUGAUGAUUCCAGUGAAAAAUAAUUCUAAUGACAAGUUUUUAGCACAUGUGAAACCAAACUAGAAUCACAAACGCUAAUCACAAUCAAAAGUAAAAUUCUACUCUGGAGGUGAAUUCCAAUUAAGUUUCACUCAAAUUAUGGUACAAUCUAAACGUCUGAAAGGGUUGAGCACCAAAACAACUUUUGAGGGGCGGAGCUUACGUGACAUUUCAAGCACUUCCGUAGAUAAUACAAUUGUCAUGCUCAUGCACUCAUCGUAGUUUCUUUUUUGCAAUGCAGUGCUUUGAUUGGGUUUGAUUGACAAGUCACCAAGGACACAUUACCGCCUUUGCUCAGGAAUUCCAAUUCAAAUCACAGUUUUCGAGUGAA